AUGAAGACAACAACGUCUCUGACCCUGCUGGCUUUGUCGACGUCUUCUGUGCUGGCUUGCCAGCGAGAGCACCACCAGCUUCGAACAUUUAACCCUCACACUGCGCUUUUAAAGCGGCAGGAGACACACUUUCCUCCCGUCCUGGAUCCGUCUGAGGCCAUCUUAAUCAACUCAUUCGACAAUACUUCCAUUGAAUCGUGGUCCUAUUACUACACUCAUGGCCUCCACCUAGCGGGCACCAAUAAGUCAAUGGCUCAGUGGACCGCCGAUCGCUGGAAUGAGUAUGGCUUCAAAGCGGGGUUGGCGUCGUAUUAUACUUACUUGAACUAUCCCGUAUCACACUCUUUAUCCCUGACUUACGCUAAUGGAACCACUUGGGCUGCUUCAUUGACGGAAGAAGCAUUGGCCGAGGAUGAUGUUACCACAUAUCCAAACAGCGUGCCUACUUUCCAUGGCUACUCUUUCACCGGAGACGCUGAGGCCGAGUAUGUCUAUAUCGGUCGAGGCCAACAAGUUGAUCUGGAACGCCUUCUAGCCUUGGGUGUUGAGAUUGAAGGUAAGAUUGCAUUAGCACGCUACGGUGGUCCAUUCCGCGGGCUCAAGGUCAAAAAUGCCCAGCAAUAUGGCAUGAUUGGCUGUGUCAUUUUCACCGACACCGCUGAUGAUGGUAAUGUUACUGAGGCGAACGGCUAUGCGCCCUAUCCUGAUGGACCAGCAAGGAACCCAACCUCGGUUCAGCGAGGCAGCGUCCAAUAUCUGUCCACAUUCCCCGGUGAUCCGACCACUCCGGGUUAUCCGUCCAAGUUCGACUCGCCACGUUCAGACAUUUCUGUGGUCACACCACAAAUCCCAUCCCUUCCAUUGUCCUGGAAAGAAGCACAACCAUUGAUCCAAGCCCUCGAUGGUUUCGGUCCAGACGGCGAAACCGUCAAUCGCACAAACUGGAUCGGGAAACUCAACGCUACCUAUUCAACCGGGCCAGCCCCAGGAACCACCAUUUCCAUGUCCAACGUCAUGCGCGAUGACAUUACAUGGAUAUGGGACGCCAUUGGCAUCAUCAACGGCACCAGUGAAGACGAAGUGAUAGUCCUGGGCAACCAUCGCGAUGCUUGGAUCAUUGGUGGAGCAGCUGAUCCCAACUCCGGCUCCGCCGUCAUGAUCGAACUGGCCAAAGCCUUCGGAGAGCUCCUCAAGACUGGAUGGAAGCCCAAGCGUACCAUUGUCCUUUGUUCCUGGGAUGGAGAGGAAUACGGCUUGGUUGGCUCCACAGAAUGGGUCGAAGAAUAUAUCCCCUGGCUGAAAGAUGCGGCAGUUGCCUAUCUCAAUCUCGACAUUGCGACAUCGGGCCCCAAUCCCGACUUGUCCGCAUCGCCAGAAUUGCAUGAAAUUGCCACGGAGACCAUGAAGAAAGUCGUGUACCCAUAUCGCGGCUAUGAUAACCUCACUCUUUACGACGUGUGGUACGGCUUAUCUGAAGGAGAAGUUGGCGUUUUGGGUUCUGGAAGCGAUUACACGUCUUUCCUUCAUAACGGCAUCAGUUCACUCGACGUCGGCUGUGGAGGUGGCUCUGACGAUCCAGUCUAUCACUAUCAUUCCAACUACGACACUUUCCACUGGAUGACGACGUUCGGUGACCCAGACUUCAUCACACACAAAGUCAUGGGCCAAUACCUGUCUUUGUUGGCAUAUCACUUGGCGACUGACGAGAUCAUCCCAUUCAAUGUCGAAAACUACGGCGUCCAAAUGACGCUGUACCUUGAGGACCUUGUCGAAGAUAUUGAAGCAGCGAAUGCCACCGUCGAUUUAUCGCCGCUCGAAGCAGCAAUUACAACGUUCAAUGCUUCGGCUUCGGCGUUGACGUCGUUCAUGUCCUCCGCCUCUACUGACGAGGAGAUCAAGCUGGUCAACGCGAAAUUGAGGGAUUUCAGCCGCGGCUUUGUUUCGCAGGGUGGUUUGCCGACAAGAGAAUUCUACAAACAUGUCGUAUUUGCGCCGGGUUUGGAUACAGGAUAUGCUCCUGUAGAGUGGCCUGGUAUUACAGAGUCGGUCGAGGCUGAGAAUCUUACACUGGCCAAUAUCUGGGUAGAGAAGUCGGCGAGGGCGGUGGAGGUUGCGGCAGCGAUUUUGAUGCCUUGA